UAGAAUGAGCAUCAAGUUCGGUUGAGGAGAUGCGGAGAGAAGAGUGGUCCAGCCGUGAGUCACAGCCGUGACGCAGUCAGAGAGAAGACAAGGCGCAGCAUCCUCUCCAUCCUCUAUAGCACUACGACGACAAAAGAGUGGAAGAGAGGUCGCGAUUUUGAGGCUUGUUAUCAGGCCCAAACACAUAAGCAGAAUGACUAAAGAGGAAACUUCUGAGGUGGAAGAGGCCCAGCCGGCCUCUGAGUUCAUCAGCCCUGCUCACGAACCCCGCAAGAAACCCAUAGUGCAUCCAUCUGCACAGGCUCCACUGCCCAAGGACUACGCGUUUACCUUCUUUGAUCCAAAUGAUCCGGCCUGCAUGGAGAUUCUGACAGACCCCCGGACCACAAUUCCAGAACUGUUCGCCAUUAUCCGCCAAUGGGUUCCACAAGUUCAACACAAGAUUGACGUCAUAGGCAAUGAGAUAUUAAAGCGAGGUUGCCAUGUGAAUGACCGUGACGGCCUGACGGAUAUGACUCUUCUCCACUACUGCUGCAAAGCAGGAGCUCAUGGAGUGGGUGAUCCUCAGGCAGCGCUCCGGCUGUCCAGUCAGCUGAUAGCUCUGGGAGCUGAUGUGAGUCUACGCAGUCGUUGGACCAACAUGAACGCCCUCCAUUAUGCGGCUUACUUCGAUGUACCAGAACUGAUUCGUGUUCUGCUCAAAGCCUCCAAGCCUAAAGUGCUCAACUCCACCUGCAGUGACUUUUAUCAUGGCACAGCCCUGCACAUCGCCGCCUCCAACCUCUGUCUGGGUGCUGUCAAGUGUCUGCUGGAGCAUGGAGCCAACCCUACUGUCAGAAAUGAUAAGGGUCAAGGCCCUGCUGAGGUUGUUCCUGACCCCAUGGACAUGAGUCUAGAUAAAGCAGAGGCCGCCAUGGUGGCUAAAGAGCUGAAACAGUUGCUGCUGGAUGCAGUGCCGCUCAGCUGUAACCUGCCCCGUGCCACCCUGCCCAACUAUGACAACAUCCCCGGCAACCUCAUGCUUUCCUCCCUGGGCCUCAAACUAGGGGACCGUGUGGUGCUGGAUGACACAAAGGCUGGCACCCUCCGUUUCUGCGGGACCACUGAGUUUGCUAGUGGGCAGUGGGUUGGUAUUGAGCUGGACGAGCCAGAGGGCAAGAACGACGGGAGUGUGGGUGGGAUCCGCUAUUUUAUUUGCCCCCCAAAACAAGGCAUCUUCGCCCCUGUGUCAAAAAUCAGCAAAGCGCUUGAACAGACCCCCUCUUCAGUCACCUCCACGCCAAAAACCCCUCGCAUGGAUUUGUCUCGUGUAACCGGCAAGAAUAAAAAAGAGAAAAAAGAGAAAGAUAAGACUCCAAGAAAGAAGUCUUUGCCCGGGGUCAGUUUGGAUCCUGAUGGAGUCAAGGUUGAGGUUGGGGAUCAGGUGUUGGUGGCAGGCCAAAAGCAAGGGAUUGUCCGCUUUUUUGGCAAGACAGACUUUGCUCCUGGAUAUUGGUUUGGUGUGGAGUUGGAACAGCCCACUGGAAAGCACGAUGGCAGUGUAUUUGGAGUGCGUUACUUCCACUGUCUGCCCAAAUAUGGGGUUUUUGCACCACCAUCCCGUGUUCAGAGAAUUGCAGGGCCCAAAGACCCUCAGGGUGAUGGGACACUAGUGAAGAAAGUCCACCAGGUGACGAUGUCCCAGCCGAAGCGUAAUUUUAAUGCGAUCCGUUCUCCAAAAGACAUAACAUCUGAAAGUUCCAUAUCCAGGUUGCUGUUCUGUUGCUGGUUUCCCUGGAUGCUCCGUGCUGAGAUGCAGUCCUAAAUCCACUGGUUACAUCUUUAAUUCUAUCUCCCCCUCUUUUUCUGUUCCUCCUCAAGAUAAAUCUCACCCACUCGGUGUAUUUCCAUUAUUCGUAUGUGCUUCUCUUUGUGAACUACCCAGACUGCUGUCCCGCCCCUUUGACAGUAACUCAAUAGCAAAAAAAUAGUGCCUUGUCAAGUAACUAACAACCUGCAUUCCGAUGAUUGAAUUAUAGACAAACAAUCUUUUAUGAAAUCAAAAUAAGGGAAAAUCAUUCCUACUUAAAAGCCAUUCAUAUCUCUCUUUUUUUUUUUUUUGCUAAACCACUGUGGGUAGAUUAAUGGCAGUAUUCAAGCUAGAUAAUACAGUCAUAAUCCACAAGCAAAUAGGCUUGUGCAUAAAUUUUUAUUUAUAAAGGUGCUUUUUUGUUUUGUUUGUAAACAUGCUGCUGCAUUAUGCACCUUUGCUGUCUUAAGUUACAGUAUUUUAUAGCAUACAGACUUAGAUUUUUUAAGUUUCAAAUGCCUUUAAGUGAACUAGUAGGUGACGUUAUUAGUAAACAUAAAAUGUUUCAUUGUAACUGUAGUCUGAAAAUACUGAUGCUGCCAAGAGGGGUCAUCUACAGUGAAACUGUAAGCAUAUAGCUUAAAAGAUAUUAAUAUGUUGCAUGAAAUAAGCAGCCAUGCGCACGUUUUUAGGUCAUAAAUUGAUCUGAAAUGAGGCGAGAGGCCUGCUUUAGAUAUUAUAAGCUAACAAAUCACAUUUAAUUUAAUUAAAAUCGACCAAAGCUCAAGCUCCAUGAUAUAGCAAAAGCUAAAUAAUCUCUUUCUUCAGAAUAAUGUACUAAGAACCACAUCAAUAAUACAACUCUUAAAAGGAGGCAUGUUCAUUCUUGACCUUUCAUAAAAACGAGGUGAUAAUAAGCAUUUUUUGUUUAUUUUAUAAACCUAAAUAUCCAUAAGGAUUACAAUCAUGUUUCUCUUACCAAAAAAAUAAUAAAAUAAAAUUAUUAAAACAAAUUAUAGUUCAUCUAGUAUAGUUUAAUGUGAAGUACAGUUUAUAUUUUAACAUAAAUCCUCAUCUAUUGUCUACAGUCUACUGUAUAAAAGUUGUUAGGCCAGACUACCUAUUCCUUCGCUUUCAUUUUUCACUCGGAUCAGUUUUGUAAAUGCUGUUCUUUAAAGUACUGAUUGUGAAAACUGUAUGUGCUUAUGAUAUUGUAAUCAAGUGUGUGGGUAACAGCAAUAUUUACUCCGUGUGAACAUGCUAUAUGAAUAUGGAUAGAAACUAUUUCUACUUUAUUACCACCUAUGGAAGCACAGCAUGAGUAAAAGUGUCUGUCCCUAAUAGAGCUGGGAUCAAUUAACAAUAGGUGAAAUCACUACAGUGAUCCCAGAGUGGAUAGAUUUUAUUAAGGAGAGAAUGAUGAAAACAACAGCUUGGCUUGUGCACUCUCCUGUCUUGUCAACUGCACUGAUUUACAAAAAAGAGCAACUUACAAAAUUGUAAAUGUACUGCUUGAGCAGGUCUGAACAGCUUUUGAUUUCUUCAGCCGCCAUGCCAUCAUUUAAUUAAAGAACAACUGAAUCUGUGUGUUAGGUUUAGCAGUGACACUGUAGUGAGUAGAAUAGUGCAUCUUCUGAUGGAGUGCGAAGGUCAGCUCACAACAACCCUGAAAUUGUGCAUUAUCAUUUUGUGACUUACAGAGUACAGUGUAUUGUUUUAUGGUGACUUAAAGUAGUAGAAAGCAUCAUUUACCUUAAUUUCAGGAGAAGUCACAUUACAUUUUUUUAUGCCAAAAUUAGAGUAAAAGUAUGACUGUAAAUGACUGGCUCACAUUACACGCUUUUUCAGUGUGACAUCUAGCAUUGUAAGCAAAGCUUUGUCAUUUUCUAUCCUGUUGUGUAAUUCGUAUAGUUCAUUUGUAAACAUUUAUUCGUCUGAGAAAAUGUAUAUUUUAAUAAUUUUAACACAAGGUACUUUUUUAACGUCCUGUGUUUUGUGUUUUCGUGUUAACUAUACUCUGUAAAUCAGAUCAAUGUGGAUCUCAUCAUGAACUCGGUUUUGGAUUUGAUGGACAACAUGACUGUAGCCUACUGCAUGCUGUGUAUACAUUUGCAGGUUUCAUUUUCCUACAGUAUAUAAGCAUGAAAAAAUAAUUAAUUCAAGUGAAACUCUAUCCUGACUAUGGAUAUAUGACUAAUAAACAUUAGUGUUUUAUACUUA